GUCUGAAGCUCUGCACUCUGCUACCAUCAUCGCUGCUCUCAGCUCACAGCUCUCAGCUCUGCUCCUUCCAGCUUCAGCCCAGCUCCUCUCCUCUCACUCCUCCUGCCCGUGCUGGUUUGAGUCUGCUGUUCAUUAGAGGUGGCAAGUAAAAAUCCUGAGUGUUGAACUACAGAAGCCAUGCCGUCAGAACUGGAAAAGGCUAUGGAGUCUCUGAUCCUGGUGUUCCACCGAUAUGCUGCCCGAGAGGGAAACACCAACACUCUGAGCCGCCGCGAGCUCAGAGAACUGAUGGAGAAUGAACUUUCCAACUUCCUCAAGUCUCAGAAGGACCCAUUUACAGUGGACAAGAUCAUGAAGGACCUGGACACAAACCGAGACGGAGAAGUGAGCUUCGAGGAGUUUGUGUCUUUAGUGGUGGGGCUGUCCAUCGCCUGUGAGCAGUGUUAUCAGUUGCACCUGAAGAAGCUAGGAACCCGAAAAUGAGCAGUGGCACAACGUGGAAUGUUUUACUCUUUUAUAUUCAAAUGACAUGAUAAUCAUGUUGUCUGUUAAAAUGAAAAAUUGUAUGAAUUGCUUUGAAACUGGAGCUGAAAUUUGUAUGUGUGUUUUUAUGUUAAUAAAAUAGAAUAAGAGAAAGAAAAA